GAUGAAUCUCGCGUGUUAUUAUCAUCAUAAAUGGCCUUAAGUACGACAAGAUUUAAACCGAUUCCACUUAAGAGCCAGUGUGCGAGUGUGCUGUGGCAUGGAGUGAGCAAGUUUUGAACUAAUUAGUGCCAUCGACCCAAGCGAUGAUUUAUCGGACAAAAUGCCCGGAAUUUUCACACCAUUCCUCCUAUGGAUCCUCUCCACCGUCUUAGCGCUACAAAACGAAGUGGAUCUAAUCGAGAGAGCUAACAUUUGGAACGAACCAAACGGACUUAUGCGCAUUUUAGGCCGAUGUUUGAACAAUUCCGAAAAUAAAGACAUUCUACGAACGGAUUGGGCUUACAGAUUUGACGAAAAUCAAGUGGUCUUAAGCACACUUGAUUUAUUUCCGCAGGGGUUUCCCCGGGAUUUUUCCAUUUUGACAGCUGUCAGACUCACACCUGGCGACAUCUAUCCGCUAGUCACUGUAUACAGUGAAAGCGGGGAAGAACAGAUUUCUGUUUCACUAGGAAAUGAAAUUAUUUUCACCUACGAAAGCACUAAUGUGACCUUUAACGUAUCACUAGAUGAUGGAGAAUGGCACCGACUAGCUUUUAGCAUCAAAGGCGACUCGAUUAAUAUGAUAUAUGAGUGCAAUAACACCAUAACCCAGGCUCUAAACCGCUCAACCAAUGAUUUAAUGACAGAUGGCAUCACUCUGAUUGGUUACCAACUGACAGACGAGAAAUUCCUCAAGGGUGAUAUUCAACUCCUGACAGUGGUACCAACCCCAGACGCCGCCUACGAAUUGUGCAACUUUUAUGCACAAGAUUGUGACACGGUUGUAAGUCUUCGAGAGGCCAAUUUUUACGCCAAGUUAACAAACCAAAAUUCCCUAAGUUGGGUUGUUGGCAACAAUGCAAGUCGUGGCGAUCUUGAUUACGACGAGGAAUUUGUUACAGUGUUGCCAACCGUUGAUUUUGUGACAACCGGGCGCGGUUUUCCGGGUCUGAGGGGUUUUCCGGGACCUUCGGGACCCCCCGGACUUCCGGGUGCCAAAGGUGACUCCGGAAGGAACGGUUUGGACGGGGUGAGGGGUCCGGUUGGCCCCCCUGGGCAUGUCUUUAUGAUUCCGUUAAAUUUGCAAAGUAAUGAAAAAGGGCCGGACUCCCAGUCUGAGAACUUCCGCCAGUUGUUGUCGCAACAUAUGAUGUCGAUGCGUGGGAUUGAAGGUCCGAUGGGAUUAACGGGAGUUCCCGGUCCUCAAGGUCCCCCAGGUCCCGAGGGAUUAAAGGGGGAACCUGGGGAUCUGGGUGAACCGGGACCUAUGGGUGAAAAAGGCCUUCCGGGAAAUCCCGGACGUGAAGGGAGACGUGGAAGACCAGGCCGUGAUGGGGAACGUGGGAUUACAGGCCCUCCGGGUCCUAAAGGGGAACAGGGAUUAUUGGGAUUACCGGGACUUCCGGGUGAUAAAGGGGAGAGGGGGCUCCCGGGUUUGGUCGGCGAACCGGGAUUACGUGGUCACGACGGGAUGCAAGGCGAGGAAGGUCCUCCGGGACUUUCGGGAAUGCCUGGAGAAAUGGGCCCUCGGGGGUUCACCGGGCCUAGGGGAUUACCCGGAGUGCCAGGCCCGCCCGGAAUUCCGGGUAAUGAAGGAUCGGCGGGUUCCAAAGGCCAGGCGGGACCUCCCGGAUCACCUGGAGCACCGGGAUUAGUUGGACCCCCUGGAGCGGUGGGUCCUCCAGGUCCUCACGGGUUACUUGGACCACCGGGAGUUAUGGGACCGCAUGGGAAACCCGGGAUUCCGGGAUUACCGGGUGCAGAUGGCGCACCCGGAAGUCCCGGGAGUCCCGGAGCAAUGGGUCCUAAAGGAGAGCAAGGUUUGGCGGGACCGGCGGGUCCUGUGGGUUUUCCGGGACCACGUGGUGUUAAGGGGGAUGAAGGGAAAAGGGGGAUUCUGGGUGAAAAAGGGGAUAAGGGUGAUAGGGGUUUGGAGGGGGAAAAAGGGGAUUUGGGGAUGAAGGGAAGUGUGGGUCUGGUGGGAUUACCCGGAAUUCCCGGUUUGGAAGGUCCCGAAGGACCUAAGGGAUUUGAUGGUCCGAGAGGAGAAACCGGAAAUGUUGGCUUACCUGGGGAGAAAGGAAAAGACGGACCUCCGGGUCUUCCCGGAUAUCCCGGAAAUCUGGGUGAAAAAGGGGAUAAAGGGUCGAGUGGCAAAAUUGGGGAUAAUGGAGAGAAAGGAGAUAGAGGAAAUCCGGGAACUCCAGGUGAACGUGGCGAACCAGGACCUCGUGGAUUCCGGGGUUCGCGUGGUCGCCGUGGCCGUGCAGGUCAACAAGGUCCCAAGGGAGACACCGGCCAACCUGGACCACCUGGACCUCAAGGCGAACGAGGCAUCCCGGGUCCUGAAGGACCUCGGGGUUUUGCCGGAGCACCGGGUCCUCCUGGAAUCAAUGGAAAAGACGGCCAUCCGGGAUCACCCGGAGAACGUGGACCUCCCGGUGAACCAGGAAAACCCGGCAUGGUGGGUCCUCCUGGAGUAAUCGGACCACCGGGUCCUACGGGUGAAGUUGGUCCAAUUGGGGAACAUGGACCUCCCGGACUUCCGGGGGUUCCGGGUGAGGCUGGUCUGCCUGGAGAAGCAGGGAAAGAGGGAGCUCCAGGAAGUCCUGGACCGGAGGGGAAACCAGGUCCUGAAGGCCCAACUGGAUUACCUGGUUUUCCGGGUGAACGGGGAUUGACGGGAUUACCGGGAAUUCCGGGUCUUAAAGGCGAUACGGGACCGCCUGGAGCUCCGGGAGUUACGGGAGAUAAGGGGCAGCAGGGAGAACCGGGGAAGGAUGGACCACAAGGUCCCGAAGGUCGGAAAGGUCCUCCAGGAACAGCGGGAUCCCCCGGUGCUAAAGGGGAACGUGGCGAGGCUGGACCUCCCGGUCCGUCAGGACGUGAUGGUUUACCGGGACUCAGAGGGUUACCUGGAGGUCCAGGUCCUGUAGGACCCCCGGGUGAAGAUGGCGAUAAGGGCGAUGUUGGUCCACCUGGGGAAAAGGGAUUUAAAGGAAGUCAAGGAGAAACGGGGCCGUCUGGAAGUACCGGUCCUCCUGGAUCAAGAGGGGAACCAGGUCCCGUCGGACCCCCAGGUGAUAAAGGACCACCAGGUGAAAUGGGACGUCAAGGGUCAAAGGGUGAGGAUGGUCCCGUGGGACUCCCGGGACCUUCCGGACCUGGAGGAUUACAAGGGUUACCCGGACCUCAAGGUCCUAAAGGAGAAAUAGGAGAUAUGGGUCAGAAAGGUCCCACAGGAGCAGCAGGAAUACCGGGAGAACCGGGUCCUAGAGGAACGAAAGGAGCCGAUGGUUUACCCGGAUUGCCUGGACCCGAAGGUCCUCCGGGAAUUAAAGGCGAUUCGGGAACUCCUGGACUACCAGGACCUCCAGGGAUUGAUGGAAAACCGGGAGAAAGGGGACCACAAGGACAAAAAGGCGAAGACGGAAAAACGGGGCUUCAAGGGCCUCCUGGCCCGAGAGGUCCCCCGGGAACAGAAGGUCCAAAAGGAUCACCAGGACCUGAAGGUUUUCCCGGCCCCCCGGGCGAAUCAGGCCUUCAAGGAGCUAAAGGCGAACCUGGAAAAGACGGUGAAGACGGUCGUCAAGGUGAAACUGGACCCCCAGGACCCCCAGGUCCUGUAGGUCCCAUGGGAACACCGGGACUUCCGGGAAAAACGGGACUUGACGGUCCUGCAGGACUUCAAGGACCUUCGGGACCCCCGGGUGAAAAAGGCGACAUCGGCGAAAUCGGCCCUCCAGGUCCUCAAGGAAUGACAGGACCUCAAGGCCUACCUGGCCCUCAAGGACCUCCCGGAUUAACAGGAGCUCCAGGCGUUGCUGGGGAAAAUGGAGCUCCAGGUUCUCCAGGCUUAACAGGAUCACCUGGAAAAACCGGAAGUCCGGGUCCUGCAGGACAGAAGGGAGACCGGGGAAGGAGAGGUCCGAAAGGACACCGAGGCGAAAUGGGAUUAUCGGGAAUUAAAGGGGAUUUGGGCGAGAAGGGGAAUAAAGGGGAUAAGGGACCUCCAGGUCCUGAAGGACGUAAAGGAGAGACAGGACCUGAAGGUCCCAUCGGAAUUAAAGGAAGUGAUGGUCCUGCGGGACCUCCAGGAAUGGAAGGACCACCGGGACCUAAAGGAGUGGAAGGUCAGACGGGACCAAAGGGCGAACCUGGACCCCCAGGUCCUGCAGGACCACCUGGACCUCCGGCGGAAAUGCCGCUACUUCCACCGGAAAUGCUCUUCGAACGAACUUUUAGUCGGGAAAGGCGCAAUGUUGAGGAAAUUAUUUCCGAAUAUGAAGAUAUGAACACGGAAGCGGAAACAGACGAUAAUGGAAAAUUCCUGGAAAUGUACAACACAAUAUAUUCCAUGAGACAGGACUUAGAAAGGGUGAAAAAGCCUAUAGGGACCCGAGAAAACCCAGUCCGGUCCUGCAAAGACUUGUUUUACGGCCACCCUCAAUUCCCUGAUGGAUGGUACUGGAUUGACCCCAACUCGGGUAUGACCGACGACGCCAUCUAUGUUUAUUGCAACAUGACAGCUGAGGGCGAAACGUGCGUUUUUCCGGACGCCCACAGCGCCAACAUGCCCAACAUACCCUGGAGACAAGAAGGGGGCAAAAAAGAUUGGUACUCCCACCUACGCGGCGGCUUUAAAAUAACUUAUGAAACAGUAGGCGUCGUCCAAAUGACAUUCCUCCGCCUUCUGUACCAAGAAGCCUACCAAAAUUUCACCUUUUCUUGCAUAAACACCAUCGCAUGGUUUAACGAAAACACGCAAGACCACAAAAUGGCUCUUAAAUUCCGCGGCGACAACGAGUACGAAUUUGCGCACAAGAAAACCGGUCUGAAAGUUAUCCAAGAUGGUUGCCAAGAUGGCACCACCAAAAGUGAGACAAUUUUCGAGUUACGGACCACAAAAUUGGACCGUUUGCCCAUCGUUGACUUUUUUCCGCUUGACUAUGGCGCCCCCAACCAAGCGUUUGGGUUCACAGUGGGCCCCAUUUGCCUCAAGUAGAUUCUAACCCAAGUUUUGUCAUAGCACCUUAUUUAUGAAUUUACUUAGGAAAUGUAAAUAUUUUGCAACACUGCCAACUUCCAUAUCGUGUGUACAUACAUUUUUAAAUAAAUUUUUAAAGCUCUGAAA